AUGACGCUCGACCGAGUUGAAAAUGACGAGUACGUUCUCCAAAACACCGACUUCAAGGACCACUCUCCAGCUCUGCGAAUCCCCCUGAAAAACCCUUACUACGAGAAGUUUGACUUCGUGCGGUUCUAUUUUGACAAUGACACCAGAACUGCAGAGUUCGAAGAAGACGGGAUGAAAAUAAAGGUCGUCAACGAGCAUCCAUCUAUCGACAAUAUGGAAGCCAACACUUGGUAUUUGAUGCCCACUGCUUUUACUCUUAAACUGGCGAAAAUUUGA